AAGUCCACUAAACUUGGAGACCUAGAGUUUGGGGUUCGCCUAUGCAACUACAGCCUUACUUUUUACAUAAAGGCAACGGAUGGAGCAAUCAAAGACUCUAGGGAAGAUUUGGGUCGUGACAUUUGCUCCAAACCAAGAUCAGAGAGUGCCUUGCGUGACUUCCAGUGCCUUUCCCUCUUUCUGCAGCAUCACGAGAAGGCUUCGCUCUGCGUCAGGAGCAGGAAGGGCCCGGGGUCUUUCGUCUCCUUCCCAUUUCCAGCAGCCCAAUAGGAGGAAAGAAGGGAAGCAGCUGAAAUCUAGCUCUAUGGCCGAACCCCGGGGGGAUUGCAGCUGUCCUUGCAGGAAUGGCUGGGACAACACACAGGACAAAGUGCAUCCCAGGAAUCUAAUCCCAGAGCUUUGCCAGCAGUUUUAUCACUUAGGGUGGGUUACAGGGACCGGUGGUGGUAUCAGCAUAAAGCAUGGCGAUGAGAUAUAUAUUGCUCCCUCUGGUGUCCAAAAAGAAAGAAUCCAGCCUGAGGAUAUGUUUGUAUGUGACAUUGAAGAACAAGACAUCAGUGGGCCUCCUUCACACAAAAAGCUAAAGAAGAGCCAGUGCACACCACUCUUUAUGAAUGCUUAUACCAUGAGAGCCAACCUGGUAUAGUGGUUUGCGGGAUUGGACUACAGCUGUGGAGACCAGGAUUCAAACCUCCAUUGAUUUUGGAAACCAGUAGGGAGAGCUUGUGCAAGUCGCACUCUCUCAGCUUCAGAGGCAAAUGCCUUUCCUCUGAGACAAUCUUGCCAAGAGAACCCUCUUAUAGUUCUAAUGUCCAAAUAUUUUGGAAAUGCCUUGAAAACACACAGCAGAAAUAGUAGUUCUCAGCAACUUGUUAGAUUAUUUAAAAUCAUUGACAGUGACUCCAUUUUCCAUACCCACUUAUAGUCUGCACAUACUCUAUAUUAUAACAAGUUACUGCUGCUGCUGCUGCUCAUUCGUUUAGUUGUCUCCGACUCUUCGUGACCUCAUGGACCAGUCCACGCCAGAGCUCCCACGUCAAGGUAAUGAUCCAAGCUGGGGACAAGUUACUGCAAUUUUAUAUAAAUGAAAACUGUCACUAUGAGUGUAUCUGUGUGUAUGCAUGCUCUCCAAGUCACUGGCUAAUUUUUAUUGGGUAGGAAUAUAUAAAUAGCACUAUGGGAAACUCAGUGCAUAAACUGCUAGGUUCAACUAGGGAAAAGGUGGCAAGGAGGCAGGAAGUCUAUAGGAAAAUCUCACGCAGUGCCUGUGAACAGGAUGGAUUGUGUACUCUUAAUGGAAAUGAGCACAGGGAACAAGAGAUUGGAUUUCACAGCUUGAUUCUAAGUAAGACAAAAACUUGCCUGCAGGAUAUUCAUGCUAAUUAUCAUGACAUAAUCCUGUAAGUGGCAUCAUUGACAAGAGAAGUAUCUAGUUGAGAAAACUAUUUGUUGGGGUUGUAGUUUCACACUUUUGGAGGACUCAUCUGCAGAUUCAAGUAUCCAGAGAUGCAGUCAUUUACAUAUUUGAAUCUUCAAAUCUCUGCAUUUUGACGCCUUAUGUUAACAGGAUGUGCUGUUUAAAUGCACUUCAUGCAAGCUGUAAGAGAAUUUGUCUGAGGGAUAGAAAGACCUUUUUUAAAAAGAGCAUUAUUUCCUUCCUUUUCUGAUGUAUCUUCCUUCUCUAGAAAUUCAAUAUCUGAAGUACAGUACUCCAAAACAUGAAAUUUCCACCUUUGGGGAAAGGGGGUUAACCACACAUUCAGUAUCUGCUGUGUUUUUCCUUAAGGAGCCCUGAUGGGCCAAAGAGUAGAAGGGGGAAUACUUUACUUACAUAAGACUACUGUUUACUUUACUUACAUAAGACUACUGUUAAAAGCAAAUGUUCCACACACUUCCACACUCACUUUCUGACCAAGCAGUGCACAGGUAGGGAACAUUCUGUGAACAGCUGCAACUACAGAGUGACCCCAUUGACCACUUCUAUAUGCAAUAGAGGUAUUUUUUCCUUCCCUCCCAGAUAUUUUAUGAAAAGGGCAGAAAAUGUGAUAUCUGGAGAAGCAUCUAGUACCUCUUCUUUUUAUAGGGGCCUUGUAUAGGUAGAGUCCUCCUUCUAUUUUCCUCCUUGAUAGAUGUGUGACUAGCCUCCUUUCUCCCAUACCUCAUUCACUGUGUCUAUGCAAAUUCAGACAUUUCAAAAAUUGGAAAUAUCUAAACACGUUCUGGUUCAAAGCAUUUUAGAUAAAAGAGACUCAACCUAUAGGACAUUUAUUCUUCCAAAGAAGUAUAGGAAUAGGAGCUAAUGUUGAAUGACAAAAUAUCAGUACUGUUUUCUUUUCUUUUUUAAAGCAACUAUGUAGACAUUUCCUCUGUAUUUAUC